GCGUCUUAUGGCGUCUGCACGCCUAGAAUGAGACCGACCAUGCAACUACGAAGACAACGCAAGAAUGUCGAAUGCAGACCCGUGACUCUCUAUCCUCUUCUUUUAGCGUCGUAGAUACUUGCGAUCGAUAGCUUUUGUAUUCUGCUACCAUGUCCACCGAGACCAAGCAUUAUCUGCCAACUGUCGACAACCUCCAAGCCGCGUUCCCUGCGGACGUCGAUGGCCAAAAGGUCGCUCAGGAUUGGCUUGAUUCCUUUUCCAAAGCUGUCAAGGCAAAUGACGUCGAUGGCGUCCUUGCUCUCUUCCAUCCAGAUGCUUGGUGGAGGGACAUCUUUGCUUUGACCUGGGACUUGCGUACCUUCCAAGGAUCACAAAAGAUCAGGAAGUUCCUCGAAGAUCGUCUUGCGGGUGCAAAGAUCCAGAAUAUCAAACUGGACAAUGCCAGAGUGGACCACCCAUUUGACGAUCUUACUUGGAUAGAGUUACAGUUCAAUUUCCAGACGGAUGUUGUUGGCGGUACGGGGAUCGCCAGGCUCGUCCCCACCGCAAACGGAGAGUUCAAAGCGUUUUUGAUAUGGACCAACCUGGAGUCCCUCAAAGAUCAUCCCGAGAAAACCGGACCCAACAGGAACUUUGCACCCAACCACGGUAAAUGGCUCGACCAACGCAAACGUGAACAAGAGUUUGCAGAUGGUGAUCCUGACGUUCUUAUCGUUGGCGGCGGACAGUCCGGUUUAGACCUCGCUGCCCGCCUGAAGCUCCUUGGUGUGUCGAACUUGAUCAUUGAAAAGCAAGAUCGCAUCGGCGAUCAAUGGAGAAAUCGGUACUCGGCAUUGUGUCUUCAUGAUCCUGUCUGGUUCGAUCAUAUGCCAUACAUCCCUUUCCCUGAAUCAUGGCCAGUAUACACGCCUGCACAAAAGCUUGCGAACUGGCUAGAAUUCUUCGCGGAAGCCCUCGAACUUGACAUCUGGACAUCCUCUGUCGUGACCAAAGCUGAGCGCGAAGAAGCCUCAGGCAAAUGGCUUGUCACAGUGCAAAAAGGCGACGGAUCCGAGCGUAUUUUCCGCGUCAACCAUCUCGUCUUCGCUCUUGGUCUUGGUGGUGGCAAUCCGAACUUACCUAACAUUCCUGGACGCGAGGAGUUCCAAGGGGAGACCCUCCAUUCGACUCUGCACCACGCGGCCAAAGAUCACGUUGGCAAGAAGGUCGUCAUCAUCGGUGCCUGCACAUCAGCACACGAUAUCGCUGCUGACUACGCUGAACAUGGUGUUGAUGUCACGAUCUAUCAACGCAGUUCUACUUAUGUCAUGACCACCAAAGAGGGUAUGCCUCGAUUGAUGCAACCCUUGUACUGGGAAGGUGGACCUCCGACCGAACAAGCCGACCGCUUGAGCAACUCCGUGCCCAUCUAUUUCAGCAAGUUGAUCGCUCAGAGAAAAUGCGCACAUAUCCACGAGGCUGAUAAGGAAUUGCUGGAUGGCCUUCACAAGGUCGGAUACAGAACCAAUUUCGGUGAAGACGGUUCCGGAUUCUUGUUCCUCUCUUUGAAACGUGUUGGUGGAUACUAUCUAGAUGUCGGUGCAUGCCAGAUGAUCAUCGAUGGAAAGAUCAAGCUCAAGAACGAUAGCGAGCUGGAGGGCUUCACCAAAACUGGUCUCAAGUUCAAGGAUGGCAGCACGCUUGAUGCUGAUGUUGUCCUCUACGCUACUGGAUUCGGCGACUUCCGUGAUCCUAUCCGCAAACUUGUUCCUGGAGAUGUUGGGAGGAAAUUGCCUGUGAUCUGGGGUCUCAACGAUGAGGGCGAGAUCAGAGCAACUUGGCGUGAACUUGGGACGCCCGGAUUGUGGUACAUGAUGGGGAACCUCGCUUGGAGCAGGUUCUUCUCCAAACACGUCGCGCUUCAAAUCAAAGCACAGCAGGAAGGCAUUUUUGGCGAACGUUACUCUGCUCCCCCGGUCUAUUAAAUGCUUGGUGCCGAUAUAGAAAUGCUCAUGUAAGAAGAACGAAUCUCAACGUUGUACAAUGUGUCUUGUAUUACCCUCGAGUGUAACCAAUACCCUCCUAGGAGAUGGAGAAGAUUCUGUAUCGAUAUAAAACUGUGUUUCUUGCACGUACAUGACGUGUUGGUAUCGGAAGUGACUUUAUCGCAUUGAUGAAAACGCAGGUAUCCGACGUACGUUUACGACCGUACUAUGACCUCGAUUUCACUCUUUCCGACUUCAUCUUUCCAGGCUUCCAGGCUCUCGCAGACAACGGGACUGGCAGGUCGCUUUGCGCCAGCAGCAGCCAUUUCGAUAGCCUCGACAUCCGUUCGUAUCACGGGUUUUUCCUUCAAGUCCUUGCCUCCCUUGAGUACCACCCUCCGUAGUCCAAGGCAAAGCACGAAUUGCAACACAGCGAUACCAGCCAAGAUUUGGAAUCCAAGCUGGAAUGCUUGAACGUAUGCAAUUCUGACGUAGUUCCCUAGUCUUGGAUCUUUGGAUGCUGCUACAGCGUCGUUGAUGUGGGGGAUGGUAUUGGCUCCAACUAGAGAACUUAGGCGCAUUCGGAAUGUGUUGUUGAUCACUGUAUAAAGGAUAUGGUGAGCAAGUAAUGACAACAACCUUGAUGCGGGAG